CGUGUAGGCGGUUAGAUAAUACGCAUUAGAGAAUUGACUAAAACAGUCUCUUGGCUGCCAAUUGCGAUCACAUUUUUCCGGACCAGUUCGAACCACUAUUACGGGGCUGCCAAUUUCCCGUCGGCGAGCUACGGCGAUCUCCUUCUCAGCCGAAUCAAGCUGUAUUAGAGGUAAGCAAGAGAGGAAUUCUCUGUCUAACAGUCUAAGCCUUAUAAAUUUUGUAAGACUCAAUGGCUUUGAAGUUCUUGAAUAAGAAGGGAUGGCACACGGGGAGUCUUCGGAACAUUGAAAAUGUAUGGAAAGCAGAGCAGAAGCAUGAGGCCGAACAGAAGAAGUUGGAGGAGCUACGUAAGCAGAUCCUGGAGGAGCGUGAGCGCAGUGAGUUUCGCCAACUUCAGGAACAAGCUGGCUUGGUUCCCAGGCAAGAGAGGCUGGAAUUUCUCUAUGAUUCUGGGUUAGCUGUUGGCAAGGGAAGUUCCAGUGGAUUUGAAUCUUUGGCCAAGCCGACCGAUCCUGGAACAACUGCUGCUUCCAGUUCUUCUGCGAAGCCGCAAGCAUCUGUGCCAUCUGCGCCAGGAGCUCUAUUUGAGGAUAAGCCACAAUCUUCCAAUGAUGCUUGGAGGAAACUCCAUUCAGAUCCCUUGCUUAUGAUUCGUCAGCGAGAGCAAGAAGCCCUAGCACGUGUGAAGAACAACCCUGUCCAGAUGGCCAUGAUUCGGAAAUCUGUUGAAACGAUGAAGAAUAAGGAUAAGAUGCAUGACGGGAAAGAGAAGGAUGAACGCAGACAUAAGCAUCGAGACAAGAAAUCAAAGCAUCACCACUCAAAGUCAAAGCAUUUAAGGAAUUCUUCACCUAGACAAACCUCUGAUCUAGAUGAAGACUCGAGCGAAGACGAUUCCAGGAGAAAGAAAGUCUCUCACAAGGAGAAGAAGUUUAAUGAGCGGAAAUCGUCUCUGUUACGAGUUCCUGAAGGAGACGAUGAUAUUGGCAGAGAAAAAACUAAGAGUAGGCAUGGUAAUCUUGAAGCUGAGAAGUACGAGAGGCAGACAAGGUCUGAUUUUGCACCAAGGCAUGAAUCGCGUCGUAACUCUCGUAGGCCUGUUAGGCUUUCUGAAGAAGAGAGAGCUGCCCGUCUACGGGAGAUGCAGAGAGAUGCUGAGGUGCAUGAGGAGCAAAGAUGGAAAAGAAUUAAGAAGGCAGAGGAAAAGGACGCUAAGGAAGCUGUUCAUGUUGGCUUGUCUGGUGGUAAGAAUUUUCUGGACGCUGCUCAAAGAAGUGUUUAUGGUGCUGGGAAGGGAGGAAGCUCCACAAUUGAAGAAAGUGUUCGUCGCCGAACACAUUAUUCGCAGAGAGCAGAAGCUUCAGAAGGCAAUGCUUUUCGGCGAUAGAAUGUUGGAGAAAGUUAAUUACAGCUCCUGCUGAGUUUUUGUAAUGAAUCCCUUCAUGUAAUGCAAAUGUAUUUCGUUAUGAUCAUGCUCUUUAUCUGUUGUCAUACUGAAAGAUAAUUCUGGGAUGAAGGUCAGUUUGAAUAUGUUGGUUUUCGUCUUACCACAAAUAUUAUCCUCUGUUACUGAAAUUGUGAGUA